AUGUCAUCAUCUCCAGUUGACGCUGAGGUCCUCAUCGUCGGUGCCGGCAUCGGCGGUCUCACGCUGGCAGCCAUCCUCUCGCGCCUCGACAUCUCGUGCAAGGUUCUCGAGCGAAGCGAGGUGCUGCGCCCCGUCGGCGCGGGCAUCUCCCUCUCACCCAACGGCCUCCGCAUGCUCGACCAGCUCGGCGUGUACGAAAAAGUGCUGGACGCGGGCCAGAAGUUGCGGAAGGUGCGAAUCUGGCGCGGUAAGAAGCUCUGGAAUACAGUGGACUGGGCGGGCUGCGAGGCCAAGUUCGGGUAUCCGGUCAUGUCCUUGGAGCGUCACCACUUUCACAGACUCCUCUUCGAUGCUGCGGGAGGUGAUGAUGUUGUACAGUUCGGCACAAAGGUUGUUGAUGUCAUUGACGACCCAAGUGAGCCCGUCGUCAGAGUGGUCUCUGAUAAGGGGAAAGAGUUCCGGGCUCACGUCGUUGUUGGCGCUGAUGGGAUACGAUCUGUCAUCCGGAGGUGCCUGGCGCGAGACGCUGGUCUCAAGGAGGCCAACACCAUCAAGUUCACAGGGCGCGUCCACAUGAGCGGCAUCACCGCUCCGCUGGAGCAUCUGAGUACUCAGGACCUUGGUGUCGCGAACUGGAUGCUCUAUGAAAACUCGACUCUCACCACUUGGCCAUGUCCUGACAACCGACAAUGGUUCAUAGGUGUCACGAAAACUGACGAGAAGGUCGAUAAUGACCGGUCUAUCUGGAGCAACUGCGACGAAGAUACCAUCAAUUCAGUCUACGGAGAUAAGUUCCACCCGUUCGCGGAGAAUGGGGAAUUUAGCGAUAUUGUCGAGAAGAACGAGCGUAUCCUUGCUUGCAACAUGUUCCAAGAAGUCGAGUUUCCCUCAAUGGCCCGAGCCGCGCACAGCAUGACCAGUGCCUUCGGCCAGGGCGGAAACCUAGCGUGA